UUGGAGUAUUACGGUAAAAGAAAAAACCGGAUGUAGUAUUCCAGAAUAACGGUUGGCAGCCAUGGCUUUCCGGUUUAUAACUGCUUGACCCGAGCGAGGCUACGAGGCGUACAUGCUGACGGAUAGCGGACUGACCAGUUGCCUCACUGACGGGACUGCCUUCUCUCCCCCCUGCCCACGGUCCACUCCCAGGUCACAGUCCCUCAUGGGCGGCUGGUCAAAGGGUGCAGUACUGCAGCUGUACCGAGCCCUGCUCCGGGCGGGGCGCCACCUGCAGUACACCGACCGCAACUACUACCGACGCGCAGUGACCAAGGAGUUCCGCCGCUGCCAGGCCCUGGACGCGCCGCGGGCGAAGGAGGACGCGUUAAAGAGGGGCCAGUACUUCCUCAACAGCCGCCUGGGGGGGCUGGUCUAGGACCGCCGUCAGGGAACAUUCUGGAGUCUUCGUUAUACCUCACAGAUUUAACCUCCGGGCGUAUUUAUUUAUUUUUUUGUUUUUGUUUUUCUUGAUGCCGUAGUUUAAACUUAUCCUUUGAGCCAUCUGAAUCCAGUUUUUGGAAAACCUCAGUAUUAUAUUUUUGAUUUUUGA